AUGCCGCCGAAGAAUGUUCCGAGCAAGAAGGCCGAGCAGAAGAAGAAGGAGAAAAUCAUUGAGGAUAAAACAUUCGGGCUGAAAAAUAAGAAAGGGGCGAAGACACAGAAGUAUGUGCAGCAAGUUACAAAUCAGGUGAUUUAUUAUAAAUAA